CAAUAUCGGAUCUGUUUGUCUAACCAUUCGUCUCCUAUGGUCUGAUGCUCGACGAUUAAGAUGAAGAGGACGCGGCAGCAGGCUGACUACUUGGACGCCGCCGCCGCCGCCACUCCCAUCCGUUUGCCUAAGCGCCGUUGCUGCUUCUGACGAUUUCGUCGAAGAGGACGUCGCUGCAGACCGACGAUUUGGACGAAGACGACACCCCUGCUGCUUUCGGCGACUUCAACGAAUACUCUGCCGCAGCAGACUGACGACAUGAACGAAGACGAUGCCCUUGCUGCCACCAAUGACUUCGACGAAGACGCAGCAGCAACAGAACGACGACUUGGACGAAGACGAUGCCCCUGCUGCUCCAGGUGACUUCGACGACAUUCAGUUAUCUUCCUGGUACUGUUGAGUUGGGAAGUAGUGUUGAAGAUUUUCUGCAUGCAACUGAGGUCAACGAAAUGAAGAGUGUGAACACACCAUUGGCCAGCACAGCAAUAUUGCCAUCUCCAGUCUUGCUUUGGAGAUUUAAGGUAGUUCUUUUUCUCAUGUGGGGGUUCGCUUGUUGUAAGAUUAGCUGGGAUUCAGUUAGGAGAAUGAGUGCAAACUUGAGGGAUUUGUUUUUAUAUGAGGCUUUUCUGUAUUACAAUCAUCUACUCCUUGUGGGAGGUACUGUGGAUCUAUUUGUUGUGAACACUUUCGGAUCUGCUUUCCAGUUUUUAUAAGCCUUCUCCUACCUUUUCUAUCGAAGCUAUGGUUGCAUCCAAUUUCUUCAAUUGCCAGCAUAUAUAAAAGAUGGAGCAGUCUGCUUUUUGAACCUCGGAACCAUACAAGGUUUUUAACGUUCAAGAUUCAUCACUGAGCAAGAAAUCCAUGAGGCACAGAAGCAUUGGGCAUCAUUUUACUGCGAUGCUACGAAGAUUUGAUAUAAGUUUUAUACCAUAUAAUGUUAAUUUAGUUGUAUGUCUUGUGAACUCAUAGCUAGUCUUUUGUUGAGCGUUGUGAACUCAUUGUUAGUUUUGCUGAGUGAUGUGAGCUCAUAGAUAGUUUUUUAUGAAUAUUUUUGGAUUUACUCAAUAUUGAUGUAAAUUGUGGAUUAUUGUCAUUAGUUAUGAUUAAUUAAAUUUGUUUGUUGUUAUAUGAUAAAUGUUAUUUUGAUGAUAUAUGUAA